CGAGUAUCCAGUUGACCGUGACUACGCGAGGACAAGAGAAAAACACAGGCAAUCUCGAUCCUCCUCCCUCCCACUUUCUGUGCAGCUCAAUAUACCUUUGUAAGCGAUCCAUUUUUCAAAAUAUAGCAGUAGGAGAAGCGCCGGCAGCAGUGAAGCACCACCACUGUGGAGAUUAGAAAUCAUUGAGUGUUAAUGCGGGCAGAAAAAAUGAGGCGCGGAGCGAGCGAAUCGCGAAUCCUCGUCGAGUCGUUCUGGUGCGCGACGACGUCGUGCGCGACGGAACAGUAAACGACGAGGAGGAAAGCCUCGGUGAGUGAAGGAGAGGCGAAGAAGCGUGGCCAAAGAAGGCAGUGUACAGAAGCCGCGGAGUCUGUGCGGUGAGAAAGAGGAAGAGAUUGCGAGGAAGCCCGCUAAGGAGCAUCGGAUCUUGGGCUCGAAGAGAUCGAAGAAUGGAGGUACCCGCGGUGACGACGACGCCAACAUCCUCGGGCCCGAGCGCCUCGACGAUCCUCCUUCUAUCCAAGAUCGGCUCGAUGUUCGUUUUGGGCCUCGGCUCGCUCAUCCUGGGUAUGCUGCCCCUCAUAAUCGGCCGCUGCCGCGUGAAGAAGAGCGAGAACCGCCGAGCCAUUACGAGUGUCUCGAGUGCCUCCACGACUCUGACCUCCGCUUCGACUCUCACCGUCAACUCGCACGCGGAUUUCUCGCAACCCCAGCAGGGCCUCCUGACCUCGCUGCUCCUCUGCUUCGGCGGCGGCGUCCUCCUCUUCACGACCUUCCUCCACCUCGCCCCGGAGGUGCGCGAGAGCGUGGAGCUUCAUCAGUCCAACGGCCAGUUGGUGAACCUCGGCAGCCUGAGCCUCGCGGAGCUCCUCUUCUGCGGGGGCUUCUUCUUCGUCUAUCUCGUCGAGGAGGCGGUGCACGCGGCCCUUAGCGACAAGCCCGAGUCCUCGGAGACGCUCCUCUACCGCACGGUGUCGGUGCGUCGCUGCAACAACGGUACCCAGGCCGGUAGCGCCAACGGGGCCGGCCGGCGGCCCUCACAGGCCCUGAGUGGCGUCUUCCCUCUGUCCUCCUCGGCCUCGACGAUCGAACGGCCACGGCCCCGGGAGCUCGCCCCCGAGCACAAGCACUUGCCCACUGCCUCGGCGACCCACGUUGACAGCUCGGUACGCAGCCUCCUCACGGUCCUCGCCCUCUCCUUCCACGCCAUCUUCGAGGGCCUGGCGGUCGGGCUCGAGCCAGCCUUCGGCUCCGUCGUCUAUCUCGCCGCGGCCAUUGCCACCCACAAGCUCGUCAUCUCCUUCUGCGUUGGCAUGGAGCUGUACGUCGCCGGUGCCUCCAAGAGGACAAUCCUCGGCUACCUAAGUGUAUUCUCGAUGGUAACGCCCCUGGGCAUCGGGGUUGGUCUCGCCCUCGGACACUUGAGGAACGACAGCGAGACUCUCGGACCCACGCCGACGAUACUCCAGGGCAUGGCUGCUGGCACUCUCCUCUACGUCGUCUUCUUCGAGGUUCUCGCGAGGGAGCGCGCCAACGACAAGAGCGGACUGCUACAGCUGGUGGCCAUCCUCGUAGGAUUUAUGCUCAUGCUCGGGCUGCAGAUCGCUACUGCCCACUCACAUGAUCACGGACACUCGCACGGCAGUCACAAUCACGGCGAUCACAAUCACGGCGAUCACGAAGAUGCGCACUUGGUGGGCGACAAACACAAUUACAUCCUAGGUUCUACUAUUGAACGAGUAACGGACAAGGUCGCCGAUGUUUUAUCGACUACUCUGACGUAACCACAGCAGUCGUACGAAGAUGAUCACCGACAUUCUUCGCCAUUUGCCGCAUCGAGUCGUCUCUUCUUUUGCGCGAAGCAAUAUUUAUCAGCGCGCUACGUGUUUUUCAUAUUUACCCAUAAUUCAGAAGAGUCGAGAAAGUCGGAUGAGAGGAAAGAAUGGCGAUUAAGGGAAGCUUCGCACUAGGCUGUUGACCUCGACAGUCGUAUGUGGAUGUGGUCGGUGUCCUUUGAAGUGUAAGCGUAACGCAUUUUUUUUAAUUUUUUUUUUU